UAGUAAGUUUUUCAUUUGUAGAGGGUCACCCUAAACACCUUCCAAGAAUAUAAGACACAAGCAUUGCUUGAGUGUGCCUUUGCUUGUGCUAUUGAUUUUGAGUAUAAUAUAUAAUUGUAUGAAGAAAAUUAACUCAUACACCUCUUUGAAGCUGCAAAUUAAAGAGAAUAUUGAAAUAUGAAUGUUACAUAUUUUUUUGUGAAGAAGCCCUGACCCUAGAAAGAGAUUUGGUUUCAUUCUUAUUUGAGGUGUAAAAAAUUAUCUAAAUGAUACGAGAGUUCUAUGAUAGUACAGAUGAAGAUGACAUGGAAAGCCAGUAUCAGGUAGAACCUGAAUGUCUUGUUUUAACAAGACCUGAUCGGGAUAUGCAUAAUAGAUGCUGUGGUGGUAAAGCAUGGUGUAUAAGGGAUAUAUGUGGCAUUAUAUGUGCCGUGCUAACAUGGCUUCUCAUCCUAUAUGCGGAGUUUGUGGUGAUGAUGGUUAUGCUGUUGCCUGGAGUAUCAACAUACCCGUUCUACAGCUACGCCAACAUUAUUGUCUUUCAAACUCUAGCUUUCCUUGCUUUUGCCUCACAUCUUAGGACCAUGUUCACAGAUCCAGGUGCAGUACCAAAAGGCAACGCGACGAAGGAAAUGAUAAAACAAAUGAGCUUCCGCGAGGGUCAGGUUAUAUUUAAAUGCACCAAGUGCUGCAGCAUCAAGCCGGAGAGGGCUCACCAUUGCUCCGUGUGCCAGAGGUGCAUAAGGAAGAUGGAUCACCAUUGCCCCUGGGUGAAUAACUGCGUUGGAGAGAACAAUCAAAAAUAUUUUGUGCUAUUUACCUUUUACAUCGCAGCGAUCUCAAUUCACUCUUUGACGCUAUCAGUUUAUCAAUUUGUGACGUGUAUCCGUCACGAAUGGCGUGACUGUAGCACAUAUUCCCCGCCGGCCACAGUUGUAUUGCUCUUAUUUCUCAUCGCCGAGGCACUGCUAUUUGCAAUAUUCACCGCUGUCAUGCUCGGAACACAAUUGCAUGCUAUUUGGAAUGAUGAAACGGGUAUCGAACAAUUAAAGAAGGAGCAAGCCCGUUGGAUACGCAAAUCUCGGUGGAAGAGUAUACAAUCGGUAUUCGGUCGUUUUUCUAUUCUUUGGUUUUCACCGUUCACGCAACCUUCACCAAAGACAAAACUAGAGAGUUAUUUGUAUAGCGUUUAACGUCUGUGGGUACAGAAACUGACAUGUCAGAUCCGUUUGUAUUUUGACAUAUGACAAGUGCUUAGUUUUGACUCUUGUCACCCUAAGCCACCUUUAGCAUAACAAUGCCGGAUUCACAGACACAUAAGCACAGACUCAUAUUAGUAGACAUAUACACAGUUAAUAACAAACAUGAUGUAUUUUUUGUUUUCUUCAUUUAAAAAUAUUUUGACAUGCAAGUGAUUAACUUGAAGAAAACGUUGCGUUUGUUAAUUUUGUAUUUGUCUGUGAUUUUGUCCUUUGAAUGGGGAGGCCUAAAUAGUCAUCAACAGUGAAAUAGUAGAAAAUAUGCGCAAUCAUAUUCAUAAAUGGAAUACAAGCCUUCAUAUGUUUUGUCUUUGUCAUGCUUUUGUUUUUCAAAGAAAUUUAAAGGGACAAUACAUUUUAUCACAGUGCAGACUCAUAUACAGUUCGCCUGCUUUUGUCAAUGUUUUAUCAAAACGUAGUUACAGAGGUAAUCAAUAUUUUGCGACAAUUGUCACCAUGACAUGCAAUCAAGUACAUAAUAAAGCUUAUAAUACGUUUAUGAAUUAUAUCUUCUUUCCGAGGCUUAAUUUUAAAAUUUGAAUGAAAUUUAAAUUUGGAACAUUCAUUUUGAUCAUAGAGCUGCUUGGCCAUAGUUUUACAAAUGCUUUGCCUUAUGGCAUUAAUUUUUUUUUUCAAUUUCUUAUUCUUGGCAUAAGUCAAUUAUGGCCAAAAUGUAAUGUUAACAUUAUGAUUUUAUGUAUAUAUUAUGUAAUAAAGGUGUAGAAUAAUUCAUAGUACAUAUUUAAUGUAUGAUUUAUGUAUAUUUUAAGGGCUAUUUUAUUAACAUAUUGGGUUAUUGUAAGAAGGAUAUAUCAGUUUUUAAGCAAUACUAUUUAUUUAACGGGUUUACCAUAUUAAUGGCCUAUCAAUUAUUUUAAUUAACUAGAGUUCUAGCGAAGUACUUGAACUUGACGUAUUCCAGCAAAAAUAGCAAUAUAUCAAAUUUUAUAAAGGCCAUCCAUGGCUAAAAUGUUGAACUGAUCUUGAUAUACUAUAAUUAUGAUAAUAAAUGUUAGGAGAAUAAAACGAAAAACGUUAUAUUGUAUUUGUCCAUGAUUGGAUUGUGAUGAGAUAGCGCAACAUUUGAAGUAGUUAGAGCGUGAUCUGGAAGUUCUUUAAGGGAAACCAGUACUCGGCGUCGAACCUAACACAGCGGGUUGUUCAGUCGUGAGGAGUUUAGAGGAUGAGCAGGAACGCAUAGGAACUUACCACGGCAAUGGAGAGUUUCAUAGCAUCGAACGGGGACCGGUUCCGUUCGGAUCUAUUGCUACACGAGUACAGGAAUCAUGUAUGAGUUUGGCUCUACAACCGCAAAGUCAAGGACCAUGGGCCUAUUAAGGAAUACUGGUCAUGAUUGGACUAAGUCUCAAUCAAUCACAGUCAGACGAGCCUCCCUCGCGGGGAUAAAACGCCUCGCUCGGCAGAAGAUAGAUUUACCAGCGUAUUUCUAUCGAUAGAGAUACGGUCCGCAUGUCCCCGAGGUUGGAAGUAUUUUGGGACUGUUAAAGGCUACUGAACACGAUUGUACUAAAGAACUUGACCAAUCACAGUCGAACGAGCCGUCGCUUCGUCUUAUUUUACAUUAUUUACUUGUUGUAUUUUAUUAUUUAUAAAUUAAAUUAAUUUAAAUUAAUAAUAACUAAAGCUUAUUAGAUUUAAAAUCUUUUUUUGUUGUAGAUUUGUAUUUCGGUAUUUUUAUAUGGCUUUAAAUGUCGCACACAAAAAAUCAUAUUUCGUUAACAUUUAAAGUAGAACAAAUACGAUCUCAUAGUAUUUUUAAUGACAUUAAAUUUCAAAUUAAUUAAUCAUGUUUAAAUUAAAACAAAUAACCGCACCCUUUUCGAAGUCGGAUUUUGAUCCUUUGAUUAUUUGAAGGAAUUUCCAAUUAGAAGUCUGUGCGUUGUAUUAUAGCUUAUUACUAAUAUGUUUGUUUAAUCUUUAGAUAGUCUUUUAUUACCGUGUGCCUGCAUUACACUUUAGUAGUAAUGUAUCAGUGGUAUAGAGAGUCCGUGCCUUUCAAAGGUUUCACAAGAUAUAGAUUAAGAAGUUCUUUAAUGAAAGUUUCAUACACCAAUAAAUACAUAAAAUAAAUAAUAUAUAAAUAGUUAUCCUAUUAGAAUUUAGGAUGCUGAUUGUAACGUCUUUUGCUUGUUGUUUUCGUCUUGACACUUGACUAAUAAAUCCGUUGCGUAAAAUGCAAUAACAGUUAAAGAAAAUUGUUGAUGUAUAUUUAUUUAACACAUAUACUUAAAUAGAAAACCUGAAAAGUUUCUAACGCAUUAUAAAAUUACCAAAUAGGAAAUAAUUUAAAUUUUAAAUACUUAACGGUUUUUUUAAUUUUGUUUAACAUUUGAGUCCCGGGUAUAAAUAUCAUGAAAUGCGAAUGUAUUAUAUUGCACGUCAAGACAAGGAAUUUUAUACAACUUUCAUUUGCCAUAGCCAUAUGCAAUGAUAGUUUCUUCUUAUUUGAGUGCAUUGUCUAUGACUUGCACUCUAGUCGUCUCGAUAAUUUCAUUUUAUGAAGCUUUCUUGAACUUUCUUACCGCAAGUUCCUUUAAGUUCAAUAAAUGUGUUAGUAAUACGUUUUAAUAAAGAUAUUUUUGGGUCACUUUUCUAUAUUUUUAAUGGUGAUAAAGUAUUAUUUAAUAAUAAAAAUAGGUUAACGGUAGAUGGCUAUAGUGUCUUAGAUUUUAAAACGCCAUGCUCUUUGGAUAAUUGAAUAGUAUUUUAUCAAUUACCUGUGCCUCACAUUUUCACAGAACUGUCAUCGUGAUGUUUUAUAGCGUACCGCCUUUGUAGACAAAUGCACAGACAACUCAGGGUUAAGAGAUUACCAAACAACUCUGCCGAUUAUUCUAAGUAUUAAAACAUUUAUUAAUAUGUUUAUUUAAAUGCUACUAAAACUUGUACCUAUAGGCUAUACUUCAACAUAAGGCUAAUGGCUUGGUUACUUGUAACGGAACGUAUACACGAGAAUAUAUAAUACGUCGUAUACGCUACACAUUAUGCUUUUAAUACAAUUUAGGCCAAUUUUAAUAAUAUCAUGAGUGAUUUCAUUUGACGGCACUUCUAGAUUUUUCUAUAAAAGUGCUAGUCUGAAAUCUACAAGUCGGGCGCACAUUCGCCUGUUAUAUUAAACUUAGUUGCAAUAAAUAUUUUAUAAAUAGCUUUUAAUUGGCAAUAAAGUGAAUAAAUUACGCUUUGGACUGGUUGAUGUUUAGUGUAUAGAAUUUCGCAAUUUUUCGUCAUAAAAAUGUUAAUAUAUUCUAUAAGGAAUUGAAGAUUAGUGUUCGUUUGAAGGCCGAAAAUGACAUGGGUAUUUUGUGUUGUCGAGUUUUAGUCAUAUCAGAACAUAUACGCGUAGAUUCAGAUUUACACAGUUAUCGCUCGUCUUCCCUGUCGCAGUCUUGUGCUUCAUAAGCAUUACCGAAUUCAGCAGGGUUAAAUUCAUUAAAAAAAUGCGAUGUAUUUUUCCUUCACCUAUAGGGUGGAAACAGUUGCUUAGUUUGAUAGUCAAAGUUUUGGAAUCGUACCCUCAGAGCUUUAGUUUUAAUACUUUGAAUUACAACUGCCAGCAAAAAAUACAGACGGCAUAGAUAACGUUGUAAUAGUUGAUUGAAGAUGCGAUUUCUGAAUAGUACUGAAUGUAUUCAAAUAUUACUGUGUAGUAGACAGGGAUUUUAUAAACUUUCAGCGAUAUUAAGUCACAAAAAAGUAGAUAAGAAACCACAAUUAAUGACUUCUGACCAAAUUCUGUCGCCUUUAGUAGUCGCCAAUAUUAUGUAGAAUAAAAUAAUAAGUGUGAAUUAAAUAUGUGAAAAACGUCAUUCCUUCAUGGCUUCGGCCAUAGUUUAUGGUAUCACUGAAUUGUGGUUUAUCAAUGUUAAAGCUUAUUGAUAUUUUGUAAAGAAUUUUAUAAUUUUAUCUAUUUGUCGAUGUUACUCAAUGUUACAUCAUAUUAUUUUAGUCAAAUCAUAUAUUUUAAUAAUUCAUAUUGUUUUUAAAUAAAUGUUCUAUUUUUUUUUAUAAAUUUGAUGCGGUAUUAUUAUCUUGGGGAUAUGAAUCGUACAUUCCAUACCUAUUAUAUUCAUAAAUUAUUUUAUAGUUUUCUGAAACGUGGAAUUUGGCAACAAACUUAAAGAUUGAUGGGUGCAGGCCUAUCCCGAAUUCCCAAUACAUGAAAGAACUUUUAAGCUGGAAUAAAAGGAAUAUCUAGAAAAUGGUUUUUGUGCUUAUUUAUAUUGUUUUGUAAGAAUGUAAAUGAAAAAAUAACUAGUACUUUUUUAAGCAAUGUAAGAGAAAAUGUUACGCACCUAGCGAUGUACAUUGCGGGUUUUACAAUAAGUACAAACAAUACUCCAUAUGGUUCCAUACCAUCUAUUUUCGGAACUGCUCUUUUGACACCAGUUCGCGGUUCAUUGUUUAAAUUAGAAGUAGGUGCUCAUUGUUGCAAAUAGGUAUUUGACUUAGCAUCUGAUAUUUACACCCAUUACUUAUAAAUAUCUCUCACUUGUUUCUACUUAUAAUACGCGCUUUACCGAAUAAGAUGAUUUAUAAGGGGGGAUAUAGGCAUUCAUUUGUAGGCAUUUUUUAAAUGUGUAUAAUUUCCAUGCUUUUAAAUGAUAGAAAUGUAAAAUCGUAGUAUAGUGGGGUAAUGUUAUUGAUUGGUUAAAUCCCAUUCCAAUUUUAAACUAACGGUUUGUUAGACGAAUGCGGUGAUGCAACGCACCUACAAAUUUUGAUUCUGUUUCAUUAUAGACACAUCUAAAAAUAUUUUCUAAUGUAAUUAAGAUUUUCGAGACCUAUUAAAUCUGAGAAAUUGU